AUGGAUAAAAUUUGGUUAGAUGCAGGAUUAGAUUUUAGAAUGAAACCUUAUAAAACAAUUUCAACAUAAGAUAAUGUUGGUAUGAUUGAAGUUGUACAAAUAGUUUAAUAAUUGAGAAAAUUCAUGGAGAUGCAGGUGUAAUGGGAGCCUUUUAAUAAAAAACUAUUUGGAAUCACUUAAAAACUAAAAAUACUGAACCAUAAUCAUUUGAAACAGCAAUUAUUUUUAUUUUAUCUAUAUGAUUUAAUAAAUUUUGUUUUUCUUUGCCUCUCUGAUACUUUUGUUAUUAUAAUUCAUAACAUAUUAAUUGCUAGUUUAAUCGUACAAUUUAUAGAUUAUUGA